AUGGCCCCAAAGAGAGCCGCGAGAGAACCAACUGCUGGGCCGUCCCGAGCCCAAAUACCACCCCUUGAGCAACUUACAUCUCUAUCCUCAACAGAACCGCUCCCGAGUCGCGUGCGAACCCCGUCGCACGAUGAGGACGAGGAAGAAGAUGAAGAUGAAGAGGAAGAUAGGGGAACGCAGUUGGACCCAACGGAAGCCGCGCGCGAACCGCAUGAGCUUCCAACAACAGAACAACAGAUUCAAGAUCUAGAAAGACAACAUGCUGCUCUAAACGCACAACUAAAGUUGAUGCGCCUACAGCACGAGGUGGAAGCGAUGCAGCAGGAGAUGGCUGGGGGAGAUCCAGACAUCUUUGUACCUGUCGCAGGUACAUCGCUACCGACCCGCAAGCGACCCCUAAGCAAUUCGUCCGAGAAAGAUCGGGAAGAGCUUCAGAAGGUGCUUCGCACCGUGAAACCUGUCAAAUUUGCAAGUAAAUCAAUGCAACAGAUGCACAACUUUGACAGUACUUGGCAAACAAUUUUCGAGUCAAUUUCCUACACAACCAAACCUGACUGGCCGCAACGCGUGCGGACCGCAGCGAACUAUCUCGAGGGUCGCGCCCAAGAUGAGUGGCGUCGCGACAGAAGAGAAGGUGUACCAACUCCCGCUACGUGGGAAGAGUUCAUCUCAUGGUGUAAGGACACCAUUGAAGAUUCUGAUGUUCGGAAAGGACACGCGUUGGUGAAGCAUGCGGCACUCAUGGGAACCGCAGAUCAGUCGCCACGAGAUUUGGUGCAUCAACUAGAGUUGCUGGAGCAAGAGAUUGGUGUUCUAACUGAAGAUGAACAAAAGGGGUGGACCCUGUUUCAUAAGCUGCCGGCUCGCCUGCGUGACGCCGUGCGACGGGAUCUUCAGACAAUCACGUCUCGAGCACAAGUUUUGGCUUCUGCCACUCGCCUUCACUCGACAGUCUUCAGCAAUGUCCAAAAAGAAACAUCAACAACUCGCAGUCGGUUCACGCGCGAGACGCGUGAGGUUCGCUCCCUACCGGCGCAACCCAACUCGUCAGACAAGGGCAAAGGGCCCGCUCAAAAAUCAUAUACGCAUACCGCAAGAGAGACGCAUGUAAAAGGCACCCAAGACGACCCCUCGCCGGCUAAGAGAGCUCGGCAGGGCGAGUCACACUCAUUCAAAGGAGACUGUUUCCGCUGCGGAAAAAAGGGUCACAGAGAAAAAGACUGCACCGACAGCAAACCCUCUACCUUUGCCGGUACGCAGGUGAAUCGCACGGGUACUGAAGGCAAGAAGCCUCAAGAGGGCAAGUCAAAAAACUAG